GCUUCUUACACAAUGUCUGCCUACUUCUAUAACCAACACCAGCAACACCAACACCCUCACCAUGGUGCUCAUAUGCAUUCUGCAUCAAAUACUCACCACGGGCGCUCUCGCCGUGCCCCAAAGAUGGCCUCGCAGAAUGCUCAGCGUCAGUUCCGAGGAGUCAAGAGUAUGCGGGAAUUGGCGGAAGCUCCGGCUGUGACAGCCUUCCGUGCAAGAUUCGAGGCUGGUCGAUCCUUCGAUCUGGAUGACGACCUCGAAUUCUGCCCGGGUCUCCUGACUGAGGAUGAUCUGCACUCCAUCCACUCUGCUUCCGACCGCUCUUCUCUCUCCAGCGGCUCACCGGACACCUCGCCUCUGCAGCACCAAAUUCAACCGGUGCAGCAGGUGACCCCGUCCAUCUCCUUGUCCCCCGCUCAAACCAACUCAUACGUUCACCCUGGUGUUGCCGGCAACCCUAAUCAUGUCAACUACCAGCAACAGCAGCCUGCGAACCGAACCCGCAAGGUCAUUCCGAUUAUCAACCCCUCGACCGGAAUGACCCUGUCGAGUCCACCUUCAUCGAUCUCGCCCGCGAUGAUGCAGACUGCUCAGCGUCGAUGGUAAGGGUGCCAUCUGCCAAAGUCGUAGGCCGGCACCCUACAUCUCCAUUCGUCCAUUGCACGUCCGUUAUUUCAGCUGUUCUGCAUCAUCGGGGUCCCUUAAUCGCAGGUCAUAAUGUUUUUUUUUUCUCCACUUGCAUUCUUGUUCGAUACGUCUAUUGCAUUCGACACGACACACAACCUGGAAAAAUAUUUGUUCCACAAACACGGCGACAAAAAAAAAAAUCUUGAAAAAUUCGAAAACAAAAAACCGACCUGUACAUACACUCCUCUUCGCCGAUUACGACCACCUUCGCCUCAUAUUCUAGAUCCUUUGCGAUACUCUUAGCUUGUUGCGAGCGACGGCGCCUGCGAUUCAAUACCUUGCAUCCUUUUCCUACGAUACCUCUUUCGUCUCUCAGGGAGGGACGAAUACUUUCUUCGGCCUAUGUUUCUUUUUUCCGGUCGGGCCACCGAUGAUGUACAGAACAUACGUGCAGUGACAUUGCUACUUGACGUUGCAUGUUCAUGACCUUUGGAGUUGAUUUUACCUUGUUUUUUCUGGGAGGGUUUUGCGUGCAAACGACUUUGCCAGAUACACCUACGCUGUGGCACUAUUU